AAAAAACUGCAAAGGACCCAAGUUACAAAGUUAUUCUACAAAGAUAAUAUUAAUAGUUCAUAAAAUAAAAAGGUUGGUCAGUUUUCUAUACAUUUAUUGAUGCACAUUUGAUGUGAGGACACUUUUCGGGAAUCGUUUUAUAACAGGAUGUUGCGCUUGAGUCAAUAUUGGCUUUCAUGGAUCUCGGAGCUGCAUUUAAAUGCACUGGAUUACAAAUAAGGGAUGUGGCUUUGAGCUUAAACAGAACAGUUGGUUGUUUCCCUUCCUCUUUUCAGAACCAGUUGCUUGGUUCUUUUUAUUCUCAAACUGGAACCAUCAAAGGCACAGUGUUGCUUAUAUCUGUUACUAGCUUGAAUUAAUUUUUUUAUGAAGUACAGUUUUUCUCAAAUCUGAAAAAUCCUGGAAUUUCUUUUUAAAACCAUCCUUACAAAGGAGGACUUGAAACAAUCAGGAUCGUUGUAUUGUUCAACAGGAUAGGAAGGAUUCACUCCUUUGGGUCAGAAUGAAUCGGGUGGAAGAAUGGGUUCUGGAGAACAAGGGCAAGAUCGAGAAAGGAGUGGAAAUCAUGGGGCAAAGUUGUGAGGUUUUAGCAGCCACCGUGGGACAAUUACACCCCAUCCUGGAGGCUGUGUUUGUUGCCUCAGCCGAGCUCCUCAGCAACCCAGAUGGUAAAGAGGCCAAGUACCUCACCGAGCAGUUCGAAAUAAUCAACCAGAAACUCGAAGGCAUCCAAGAUGAAAUCGACAAAAUAGCUUUGGAGAUGCAGCGGACAUCCAUGAACAAGCAAAACUUUGACAGCGAGGCGCAGAUGAUCAGCCAGUACGAGAAGUUUCAAGACUUUGUCAAUGCUAAAUCCAAGUUCAAGGAGAAAAAGAAGGAAAAGUUUCUGAGCCACUACGAGAACACGAAUGCAGAUCUGAACAUUGAUGCCUUGUAUAACGCCGUACUCGGUGAGAAUACGUCUGGAGAUCCCAUGCUGUACACGGUGGUGAGCACAGAGCAGCGGAGCAGAAGAGCGGUUGAGGAGUUCUGUGCCAGGCUAAAGAAGCUGUUUGUUGUGGGAAUUAUUUCAGUCAUGGGUCACGCUGCCCUGAAGGAUGGAGCGGUAGGCGAGGCCAUGGUCAAGAAAUGGCAGGAUCGUAUGGAAGAGGUUGAGAACCGCAUGAAGGCCGCGGUGGACGAAUGCAUCGAAAAUUUCCCCCAGCAGGCUAAGUUGGAUGUGGAGUGCCAACUUGUGGAGCGGCAGGGCUCUGUCAACCCAGAGUUCACGUCAUUUAUACUGGAUAUCCUUGCCAAGAAAUAUGACUGGGUCUCUUGGUCUGUUCGGGUGUUCAAGCACGGCGGACUGUUCUUCUGGAAUUGGCUCGCUGGCAAAAAGUACCAAGGAAAAGGUGGAGGUGGCAACUUUUUCGAUCUUCUCACCACAAACGAAAUCAGAAUCGUAGUGUCUUUCAGUGCAGACCCGAAACCGCUCAACAAAAGCCAGCUACUAGAACAGAUUGAGUGCCAGAAGAUGAAGGGUAACAUGGUGUCUGUUGCUCAGACUCUGUGCGGCUCUCUUCCCAACACUGUGGUUCAUGCCGUCAGCCGCUAUAAGAAUGUCGAGGAGAAAAACAACUUCCAGCCAGAAUGCUACUACUUUGGGAUUCACAAGAAAGCCUAUUUCUGCAUUCAUUCUGAAUAGAUAUGCCCAGACGGGAAACAUCAUAAUGGCAAUCAGACUUCAAUGUAGUUGAUUGCUCAGCAUAACAUACGACAAAAAUACUGCAGAUUCUCUCUAAAGCUACAGUUGUUGCAUACCUGAGAAAGUGUAUUAUUGCUGGCAUUUAAAAUGACCAAAUAUUAAUGUAUAAAUAUGACAGAUAUUGUGUAAAAUUAUCAUUAGUCCGUUUUGUUAUCUUUUUUUAACACAUUUGUGGCUGACAAAAGGAGCCUGAUUAAUGGCAGUCAUGGUUAGUUAUGGUGUUUACAAUCAAAAGCCAUAUUACUUAAGAUUUAAAUUGUAUAAACAUUUAUUAAAAAGGGGAGAGGGCUUUACUCAAAAGAUAUAUAUAGACAGAAAAUAUACAUUUACAUAUAUAGCCUGUGUAAUCCAUGGUAUGUAAUCACACAAUAAAACAAAUAUGAUCCAGAAUUUCGUUUCAAAGUAUCUCUAGCCAUGCUGUUGUUUCACAUUUGUAAGGACUUGUACCAUAAAUUUACCGUAGUGACCAUAGCUUCCGCCAAAUAUUAUAGUUACUGAGAAUUUGAAACAUUUACCAUUAAAGAUAUUAUAAAAUGUC